CAACUCCCUCUCGCACCCGCCCUACGACGACCAAAAAAAAGACGCAGGAUACCCAUCUCUUUGCGCUCCUCACCCCACUCGCAUCAAAAAUGUCUACCACCAAGCGCAACGCAGCCGCCGCCAAGAAGGGCCAGAAGGUGACGAAGAAGUUCAUCAUCAACUGCUCGCAGCCCGUCAACGACAAGAUCUUCGACAUCCAGGCGUUUGAGAAGUUCCUGCACGACCGCAUCAAGGUCGAGGGCCGCACCGGUAACCUCGGCGAUACCAUCCAGAUCAGCCAGCAGGGCGAGGGAAAGAUCGAGGUCAUUGCCCACCAGGAGUUUUCCGGUCGCUACCUCAAGUACCUUACCAAGAAGUUCCUCAAGAAGCAGCAGCUCCGUGACUGGCUCCGCGUCGUGUCCACGUCCAAGGGCGUCUACGAGCUUCGCUUCUUCAACGUGGUCAACGACGAGGCCGACGAGGACGACGAGUAGACGUUGCGAUUUCAAGCACUUUUGUUACACCACCCGUGACUUGCAUGCAUGCAUGCAUGCUAUGGAGUCUAGUGUGUUUGGGGAAAAUAAAGGGAAAAGCGGUCGAACGUCUGCAUGGGCUGGAUAGCAUACAGUCAAAAUGAAUUGAUGCAUUUGCCCAAUACUA